ACAGGACCAAGCGAAAAUACAAAGGGGGCACAGGCGUUACAAGUGCAAAGAUGAAGCUGGCUGAAAUAGCUCUGUUGUGUCUGUCGCUUCUUUUGGUUCUUAAUCAUUUUGCACUGGCCAAGAAAAGUGGAGGGUUUGGUGGAAAAUUAAAUCUCUUUAAGAAGACCCCCAAAACAAAGGUUAUAAACACUAAGACUAAAAGUCAGCCUCAGCAACCAGGCCGACCAGGGGGUUACCCCAACCAAGGAGGCUACCCUCAACAUCCAGGGGGUUACCCUAACCAAGGAGGGUACCCUCAGCAACCAGGUCGACCAGGGGGGUACCCUAACCAAGGAGGCUACCCUCAACAACCAGGAGGUUACCCAAACCAAGGAGGGUACCCUCAACAACCAGGUCGACCAGGGGGGUACCCUAACCAAGGAGGCUACCCUCAACAUCCAGGGGGUUACCCUAACCAAGGAGGCUACCCUCAACAUCCAGGGGGUUACCCUAACCAAGGAGGGUACCCUCAGCAACCAGGUCGACCAGGAGGUUACCCUAAUCAAGGGGGUUACCCCCAACAGCCAGGAUACCCAGCUGGAGGCUAUCCAGCUGGAGGAUACCCAGCACAGGGCAACCCAUAUGGCGCAGGUUAUGGUGGUCAGGGUGGUGGUUAUGGCGGUUAUCCGGGUGGAUACAUGAAUUACAACCCAGACAGCAGAAUCCUGAGCCCUCACUAUGGAAGCAGCUUUGGAUAUGGAGGCCAUGGUGCUAGGGGCGGCUCCCCGUUUUCCCACUCAGUUCAGGGAAUGGGCAUGUACCCUUCUGAUAGAUCCAGAGGGUUUGGUCGCAGUGCGAUGAUGGCAGCAGCUGGAGGGGCUGUGGCAGGAAUGGCCCUGGGCUACGGGCUAGGAAGGUUCCCUCGUCCUCCUUUCCACUUCCACAGCCCCCAGGAGGAGUAUUACUACAACCACUACAUGUACAGAAAGUAUGGUUCCAAGUCUACUGAUACCAAUGACUACAGCCGGGACUACAAGUACAGCCAACCCCCUCAGACCUAUGAUAGAUACAUGGACUCCUGCAUGAAGAGAAGCGACCUUCUGCCUAAAGAGAAUCGAGAGCCAAAAAUCAAACCAGCUGCGACAACCACAACUACAGUUCUAAAUACCCCAACUACUUCUGUAAGUACUGCUCCAGACUCUGGCAUUAGCAGCAACACAACAAAGACCAAACCAGCUGAGACAACCACAACUACAAUUACAAGUACCCCAACUACUUCUGUAUCUACCACAACUACUGCUGCUCAAGGCUCUGGCAUUAGCAGCAACACAACAAAGACCAACAGCACUGCAGCAGAAAACCCCUCAACCUCUACACCUGCAACUCCACACCCUCUAAAUGAGUCCGAAACCAACCCUGUACCUCCAGCUGCACAGACCCUCAGAAAAGCUCCUACAGAUGAUGAUGAUGAUGAUGAUGAUGGUACAGUCAGCAUAGUGGAGAUCGGCUACCCGGCACUGAUUGAGCAGAUGAAGGCUAGGAGAUGUGUAGAGCUGUACCUGGUCUACUCUGAAAGGUACUUGGAGAAAAAGAAAGAGGAAGAGCCUAAAACCACUGGUGGGUCGCAGCGACUGGAGAUGGAUUUGCAAGGGCUAUUUGUUGUGGUCACCAGUACUACACUGAUGCUACUGAAUAGCAAAAUGCCAUAAUGCCGCUGUGCUGAGACCUUAAUUAGAAGCUAAAGCGGUGAAGAAAAUUUAGAAAUGAGGUGUAAAACAAGAGAAGCAUAUCUUGAUUAGCAUACGGUAAAUGUCAGAAUUAAUUGUAAGAAGAUUUUUUUUUUAUGUGGUGAUACCAUCAGGUCAUUUUUUGUCCAGUACUUUGAAUACUUUCAAAAGCAAUAACAGUAUCAGCCUCAUCCAAACAUUAUGCUUAGUGCUAAUUGGCAAAAUUUAGCAUGGGAACAUUAGGGGUGGGAAUCACUUGAGGCCCCACAGUACAAUAUUGCCAUUGUAAACAUUUUGCGAUAAGUGAAAUAGUACUUUAACGUAUCUUACAAUUUAUUAGCUUUUUUCAACUGCAUAGUAUGUCCCCAAAUAAAAACUUUGAAAAUCUCUCUUUUAUCGAAUAAGAUAAAGUUUUUAGUCUGUUCAUCUUCCUUCAGUCAUAUCUGUUGCAUCAAAAUAGGAUCGUCAAGCAGACUGGCCAACACUGUCAUAAAUGUUGCAUGCAGCUGAGAAGCUGAACUGUUUGUAUUAUAGUUUACAUAGUCCAACGUAAGUGAAUGAAAAUGCAUGAGAACUACUGGACAGGUAUUUAGAACAAUGCAACUUGUACAAUAAGUUAUGCAGUCCCUUCAGCAUUUAGGGAAUUUGAAAGUAAAAAUUCAUGUAGUGAACAACAUAAAUGUUAAUUGAUUUUAUUAUUCCAACAUUAAAACUACAAAUUUGUGCUUUCAAUAUUAAUAAAAAGGUCAAUAAUUGUGUCCAUGUUUCGAUACAAUAUUGCCACAAAUGGUGAACAUGGUAAACGUUACGAGCACCGCUGUACAUAAUAUAGCUCCACAGAGCUACGAACAUACUGUAACUGUAGACUCAGUCUUGUUUAAUUCAUUCAAGCCAACUGCUCAGUAUCAGUGCCUGAGGGGGUUAGUUUGCACCCUAGGUCUGGUAUGUGCUCUGUUAUGGUCAUGGUUUUUGUAAAUAAACAGCUCUGCAAUAA